CCUCCGUUUCCUUUUCGCGUCCCGUCCUCUCGUGUUGUUUUUUAAAACCAUUCAUUCACUGAAAGUCGUGUAAUAAUCACACGCCGAUGAACAAGUAAACUUACUUUAAUUUUUAAAAUGAUCAAAACGCGCAAAACUGCUAUGGAGACUAAACAGCUGGACAUGAUGGAUCUGUCAGAGGAGAGCAGAGACAGCAUUCAGUCAAAGGAUCUUUGCUUCAGGUCGGAUUGUAUCACAGAUGAGUUGGCUCAGAUCUUCAUGGAUACAGAAAGCGAGGGCGAAUUUGAAGGUUUUGCAGAGGACGAUUGGAGAAAACCUCUCAGCGACAGGUCUGAGGAAGACAGCGAUGACAUCGGCUUUUAUUCUGACGGAGAGGAGCCUGAAUCUAAAAAGAAACGCACCUCUGGAUUGUGUGUUGCGUUCAAGUUUCCUACUAACAAAAGAAGCCCCGCCCCUAAACGAAAUAUGACUAAACGAGGCAACAGAGAGGCCACGCCCACAGCCCCUCCUAUUGGCAGCCGUCCCGCAGGAAGAAACAUGAAGCGAGGAAGGGAACGAUCAAAAGAGCCUGUUUUAUCCGACAGCAAACCCAAAGCCUCUGAUCACGUGGCCAAUGUUGAGAGUCUGCUGACGGAUGAAGAGAUGCAAAUAUUGAGCAAAAGAGCCAAAAACAUCGAGGAAAACAAAGCAAUGCUUGCAAAACUGUUUGCAGACUUGAAAUCUUUGCCUGAACUUUCAUCCAAAACGACUCCGACAAAAAAGAAAUUGUCCGCUCCAAAACGACGUUUCUCAGAGGUGCAGAGCGAGAGACGUAACCCGAGUCGUAAGGCGAGACCCCCAGAACAUUUCGGGGUAGAGGUGGAGGAGAAAUCGGUGUCUCAGAAGAGAGAGGUCGGCAAAAUUGACAUCCAACGUCUGAUGGAGGUUGAUGAAGGCCAACGAGAUGUGAGACCCAAACAGAGGAAACGUCGUUCCCGUGAAUCUAUUCGUAUGCCGGAGGACAUCACUCAAGAAGAACUGGAUAACGUCGCUGAUCGCGCAAAAGACAAAAUCCUCGAUAAAGAAAAUGGCAGCACUUGUCAUCAGUGUCGUCAAAAGACCCUCGACACAAAGACAGAAUGCAGGGGUCCAUACUGCAGAGGGGUCAAAGGUCAGUUCUGUGGCCCCUGCUUACGUAACCGUUACGGUGAAGAAGUUCGCACGGCGCUGCUGGAUCCCACGUGGGUGUGUCCCAUCUGUCGUGAAGUGUGUAACUGCAGUCUGUGCAGAAAGCGUGAUGGACGCUGUGCUACGGGCGCUCUCACACACCUGGCAAAAUUCUACGGCCAUGACAACGUAAAGGAGUAUUUAGAGAGCCUACGGAAUGAAGCGGAGUGAAGAUGGAGCAGAAUCGAUCAAAAUUGACACUGACCCCCUUUUAAUGUUUAACUUUUGACACAUUUUAAGUUUAGCAUUAAAACACUGAUGAGCUAUUAAAGCACAGAUAUGCAAAUCACUAGUUUAUUUUUUAUACAUCUUGAUUUUAUACUGUACUUUGAUUUUAUACUGUACUUUUUAUAGGAAUCAUUCUCUUAUGAAUAAAACACAAGUGUGCUAUAAAAGCACAUGAAAGAUAUUUCUGAUUGAAAAGCAUUCUGUCAUUUGCACAGUUUUUAAUA